CAGCCUCCUCUGCAGAGCCUGCCCAAGGCUCCCUCCCUUGUGACUCAGUCCUCUGCUGCCCCUGCAGCGAACCCCCUGGGCCACCCGAUAGCCACCCCGGGCUUGGGUUACACAGGCUCCGCCACAACGCCAUUGGCCGCGAUGACUGCAGCGACAAGGCCCAGUGACUCCGCGAGGAGCCUCCCGCUGCCGGACUCUCGCGUGGCAGCCGCUCCCCAGCCCGCCGGUUUCUAUCAUGAACAAGGAAAUUCCUCCUGCUUUAGACCAUGGCAGCUCCAGAUGCGGAGGUGGAGGUGGAGGUGGAGGUGGAGCCCGGUCUCAGAGGCCCUGAGAUCGUCACCAUGGGGGAGAACGACCCGCCAGCAGCCGAGGCGCCCUUCUCCUUCCGGUCACUGUUCGGCCUUGAUGACUUGAAAAUAAAUCCUGUGACACCAGACGCAGACGCGGUGGCCGCGCAGAUCCUGUCGCUGCUGCCCUUGAAGUUCUUCCCGAUCAUCGUGGUGGGCGUCAUCGCGCUGAUACUGGCGCUCGCCAUCGGCCUGGGCGUCCACUUUGACUGCUCCGGGAAGUACAGGUGUCGUUCGUCUUUUAAGUGUAUUGAACUGGCAGCGCGCUGCGACGGGGUGUCCGACUGCAAGGACGGGGAGGAUGAGUACCGGUGUGUGCGGGUGAGCGGCCGCAGUGCGGCGCUGCAGGUCUUCACGGCUGCCGCCUGGAGGACCAUGUGCGCGGACGACUGGAAAGGCGGCUAUGCCGGCGUGGCCUGUGCCCAGCUGGGCUUCCCCAGCUACGUCAGCUCAGGUGACCUCAGAGUGGACUCGCUCGAGCCUCAGUUCCAGGGGGCCUUCGUGUCCAUCAACCACCUCCUGCCGGAUGACAAGGUGACCGUGUUACACCACGCGGUGUACGUGAGGGAGGGAUGCGCCUCAGGCCGCGUGGUCACCCUGAAGUGCACGGUCUGUGGGCUGAGGACCGGCUACAGCGCGCGCAUCGUGGGUGGGAACGUGUCCGCGCUGGCGCAGUGGCCCUGGCAGGUCAGCCUCCAGUUCCAGGGCUACCACCUGUGUGGGGGCUCGGUCAUCACGCCCCUGUGGAUCGUCACCGCCGCACACUGCGUCUACGACCUGUACCUCCCCAAGUCCUGGACCAUCCAAGUGGGCCUGGUAUCCCUCCUGGACAGCCCAGCGCCCUCCCACUUGGUGGAGAAAAUUAUCUACCACAGCAAAUACAAGCCAAAGAGGCUGGGCAAUGACAUCGCCCUCAUGAAGCUGGCCGGGCCACUCACCUUCGACGAGGUGAUCCAGCCCGUCUGCCUGCCCAACUCGGAAGAGAAUUUUCCUGACGGCAAAGUGUGCUGGACGUCAGGAUGGGGGGCCACGGAGGACGGAGGCGAUGCCUCCCCCGUCCUGAACCACGCGGCUGUCCCACUCAUCUCCAACAAGAUCUGCAACCACAGGGAGGUGUAUGGCGGCAUCAUCUCCCCGUCCAUGAUGUGUGCGGGCUACCUGAAAGGCGGCGUGGACAGCUGCCAGGGAGACAGCGGCGGGCCCCUGGUGUGCCAGGAGAGCCGGCUGUGGAAGCUGGCGGGCGCCACAAGCUUCGGCAUCGGCUGCGCAGAUGUGAACAAGCCCGGGGUCUACACCCGCAUCACCUCCUUCCUGGACUGGAUCCACGAGCAGAUGGAGGUUCGAACAGAUCCCGGAAGCAGCUCACGUGUCCGCUGGGCCUUGUCACAUUGUGGCGCUGGGUGCUCACCCUGCAGUGUGACAGUGGACAGUAGCUCAGUGCUCGGUCGGCCACUUGGUUGGCCUCAGGAACGAAUCUGACUUUAGGGACCUGAAGACCUGAAGAGGCUGGGACACGCUGCUACUGAGCUCCCGAGCGAUGGCUGGUCCCUCCCCGGAGUUGAGCGUGGGCAGGGUGACACGAGUGGGUUCUCUCGGAGCUGAAGGGAGAUGCUGGCCUGACCCCGAACACCCGUACCGCCUGCUUCUCAUGCCUUGAGCUAUGGGGCUUUGGGCGGAGAUGACCUUGAAGCUCCUUCUUGACCUUCACUAAGAACUAAAGCAGAACAUCCCCAUGUGCUACCUUC